UUACUCUCCACUCUCACCCGCACCAAGCACACAGGGUCAUGGGAGCCAACCAGGGCCGGCCGAAUCAGGGAGGAAACAAUGGGGAUGGGGACAAGAAGGACGACGGGAAGAAGCGGUACCAGCCGCCGCCGCCGACGUCGAUCGGCAAGAGGCGGAAGCGGCGGAAGGGCCCGGACGCGGCGUCUCGGCUGCCGACAGUGCGGCCGCAGAAGAAGUGCAAGCUAAGGCUGCUCAAGCUAGAGCGGGUGAAGGACUACUUGCUGCUGGAGGAGGAGUUCAUCACCAACCAGGAGCGACUCAAGCCGGCGGAGAAGAAGAACGAGGAGGAGCGCGAGAAGGUGGAGGAGAUCCGCGGUACGCCGCUCGGCGUGGGCUCGCUGGAGGAGGUCAUCGACGAGAAGCACGCCAUUGUGUCGUCGUCGGCCGGAUCCGAGUACUAUGUCAACAUGAUGUCGUUUGUCGACAAGGACGAACUCGAGCCCGGGGCAUCCAUCCUCCUCCACCACAAGACGCUCUCGGUGGUCGGCAUUCUCUCGGACGAGGUGGAUCCGAUGGUGAGCGUGAUGAAGGUCGACAAGGCGCCGACUGAGUCGUACGCCGACAUUGGCGGUCUCGAGUCGCAGAUCCAGGAGAUCAAGGAGGCUGUCGAGCUCCCGCUCACCCGCCCUGAGCUGUACGAAGAGAUCGGAAUCAAGCCGCCUAAGGGCGUCAUCCUGUACGGCGAGCCCGGAACCGGCAAGACGCUUCUCGCUCGCGCCGUGGCCAACCAGACCUCGGCAACCUUCCUCCGCGUCGUCGGCUCGGAGCUCAUCCAGAAGUACCUCGGCGAGGGUCCCAAGCUCGUGCGCGAGCUCUUCCGUGUCGCCGAGGACAACGCGCCGUCCAUCGUCUUUAUCGACGAGAUCGACGCUGUCGGCUCCAAGCGCUACGACUCUACGUCCGGCGGCGAGAAGGAGAUCCAGCGGACCAUGCUCGAGCUGCUCAACCAGCUCGACGGGUUUGACGAGCGCGGUGACGUCAAGGUCAUCAUGGCCACCAACCGCAUCAAGGCUCUCGACCCGGCCCUCAUCCGCCCAGGCCGCAUUGACCGCAAGAUCGAGUUUACGCUUCCGUCCGCAAAGGUCCGCGCCUCCAUCCUCGGCAUCCAGACCCGCAACAUGAACCUCGCCGACGAUGUCGACCUUAACGUCAUCGUCUCGUCGCGCGCAAAGAUGUCCGGCGCCGACAUCAAGGCCAUCUGCACCGAGUCGGGCCUCCUUGCCCUUCGCGAGCGGCGCAUGCGCGUCACCCAGGCAGACUUUCUCAAGGCCAUGGAGAACGUUCUCUACCGCAAGAAGGAGAACCUUCCCGAGGGCCUCUACCUCUAGCCACAGCAGCAACUCCCAGCCUUUGGUCAUGUAAAAGCAGAGGCGCCAG